AUGUUUAAACACCUUGGCUCUCUUCUCAGUAGUAGUAGUAGUAGGAAGAGAGUAAUGAUGAACAAAUCAUCAAUAACUACCCUCCUCCAUUUUCAAAAUCACUCUGCUCAGCAAUCAACAACAAAUUAUCAUGAUCGGGAAUUUGCAACAUUUGUCAACACUGAUAUUGUUAACACAUUGGCAACACCAACUUCCAAAGAACAACUUGUCAAACAAAUAGCUGGUAUUAAAAACAUGGUUUCUUCUCCUGCAUUUGAAAAAACCACAGUUCAUCUUGCUUUAGAUGAACUCAACAAGAAAAUCAAAGAGAAUCAAAGAGAAUUCCCUGAUAAAGCUCUUCCUACUGGUAUUUUUAACGAAUUGGUACAAAGUACCAUACGAAACUUUUCUUUCUAUACAAUUAUAAACAGAACAAUGGAAAAAGAUGAAUAUGAAUUAAUUGAGAAUUUAGAUGAGAUGAAGAGACAGGCCAUUUAUGUAAUGUUAAAUUUUUCAACUUUUAAUGGUUUAUUGAUUAAGGGAAUUUUUCAAGAGUGGUUUAGUUUUGAAGAUUUGAAGAAUUUGCAUGUACUCCUUUCGAGUGGAAUAGAUAUCGAGGGAAAAGAUCUUGUGUUGCAUGAUCAAGUGACUUAUUAUUCAGCAAUUACUGAACUAUUAUUGAGAGAAUUUGUGAAUAUCGAAAGUGUGACAACCAGAGAAAAACUCAUGUGCAUGGUUAAUUUAAUCUGUUUGGAACUGGGAAUGAAUUUACAAAAUGCAACAGCAUUGAUGCAUAGAUUUAUUGAAUUGUAUCCAGUUGUGAAACAAAAGUAUACCACACCAUCUGAAGGAGAUAUUGACAAGUCGUGGACAGAUAUUUUAGAGAAGGUCUAUUCUGAAGAUGAAUUUGAUUGGUACCACGAUUUGGAAACAGAUCUUCCAAUUCAUUUAGGUGGCAUGUAUAACAUCUUUCAAGAGUUCGUUAAAGAUGGUUCAAUGUUGAAAGUAUUUGAAGAAGAGAGUAAGAGAGCUCCCAAAAAUCCAUACAUUCCCUAUGUCAAACUGAUCUGCACUAAUGACAUCUCUUGUACCACUCAAUGUUUGAAUAUCUUGGCAAAUUCUCAAGCACCUUCAAGAAUGGAAGAUUUGAAGCGUAUGGAAUUAUUCGAAAUUUUCAAGAAUAAGAAACCACACUCAAGAAUCAAGGAUUUCAAAUUUUUCCCUCAAAUACUCGCCAGAGUUAAAUAUCUAUGCAUCAAUGAAGCUCCUUCUUUAUUGGAUUCAACAAUGUUAUUGGAUCAAGUGGAAUACUAUUCAAGAGUACCAACUCAUGUUGACCUAAUUGUUACAAAGUGUUUGAAUCAUCUCAGAGCUGGACGAUUGGAAGAGGCCUUACAAAAUUAUCAAGUUCUCUCCUAUUAUGAAAAAUCAAUACCCAACAAAUUGCUAUUGUUCAUCACCAAUAAGGUUAUUAGACCAAUGAUCAUUUUGGGUUAUGAGAAUGAGGCUAUUGAGGUCGUUGACAAAUUUAAGAAUAAGUUUGGGGAUGAAGAUUCACAAUGGGAAAAACUCUUGCAAGCAACUAUUACUGAAGUUGAAAAAAGGAAGAAAUAA